GGGUCUUGCUGGCUCAGAGCACUGCACUGAGAGCUGCUCUCUAGAAGUCAUACUGCUGUGAAAGAACAUCCUCCUGCUGCAGCAUGAGUGCCUGGGCUCAGGGGAGGAUACUGCAGGAUCUCACAGCAUUGGAAUGUGAUCAACCAGCAGUGAUUUUACAAUGGAUGGAAGAGCAGACUCGUUGGUGAUGACUGUGCAUCUUCUUGCCACCUCUGGACAUUCAUUACUCCUGCAGCAAACUCUUGAUCAGCUUCUGGGGUGGAUCUGUCUGGAUGUUCGCCUCUUCCUUGUAUCCGAACGUGUUACUCCAGUGAAGUAUUAUGAGAAAUAUCACCGGAAAAGCUCUGGAUUUCCUGGGAUGUCCAUUCUCCUUUUCCUGCAUGAGGCCUUUGGGGAAGAACGGAUUUUUCAGAUCCAUGAUUUUUUCCAGCACCCUCCAUGGCAGGAUCACCACAUGCAAAAUGCUAAUGGGAAACUGUGCCCUUAUGCACCUGCUGGGCAGGAAUUUUAUGGUCUGGAUGAGCAUAUGCCUGUAUGGGGUGUACGACAAGUUCAUUAUGGCACUGAAAUUCUGCGCGUGACUCUCUACUGUAGCUUUGAUAACUAUGAUGAUGCAGUCAGACUUUAUGAGAUGAUCCUACAGAAAGAAGCAACUAUGCAGAAGAGUAACUUCUGUGUCUUUGUGUUGUAUGCAACACAAACUGUUGCUGUUCAGCUCUGCUUGAAGCAGCUGCCCCCUGGGGUCUCUGUUGAAUUGAAAGAAUCUUCUGUGUUGCAAUUCAAGGUGCACGAAAUUGGGCAGCUGGUACCUCUUCUGCCUAAUCCAUGUAUUCCUAUCAGUAGCACCCGCUGGCAAACUCAGGACUAUGAAGGAAACAAAAUCUUGCUUCAGGUUCAAGGCAACUCAAAACACAGUGAAAAAAAUGACGGGCUUUCCAAUCAGCACAAUAAUGCAGGUGAAGAAAAGAUUCUACAGAAUUCCACGCUAGCCCCCUUUUCCACAAAGUGGGUUAAUCCAGAGCAGAAAAGCCGGAAGGUCAGAAUGAUGAAGUGUAAAAUCAAAUCAGAACACAGAAUUAUUUCUGGGAGCGUUAGCAGCAACCCACAGAAUAAUUCCUGCUCUUCAUCCCAGGCCCACAGUCCAGCAGCUACUUCACUGUCUGAUACCACCUCUUUCAAUGCAAGUGCAGGAACUAAACUGAAUAUCUCCAGCCAAGAAAUCCAUUUUCAAAGGCAAGAAGCAGAGAUCAAUGUUGACACAGGAUUCACGGUAGUAAAUUCUGAAUGCAACCCAUCUCCACUUAGCAGGUUUUCAAGGGACUUGCAGGACAGCCUUCCUCAACCACAAGCACCAAACUAUUCAUUAGCUGCUGCUGGCUCCAGAAUCAACUUGCCUUCUGAGGAUAGUAGCCAUCUGUCGUUAUCUGUUGUCAAAAAAAAUAAAGGAGCAGGGCAGACAGCUUCAAACUUUCACUUGCGAAUAUCAAGAGCAAACCAUGGAAAUGAAACUGAAGAGGAGGAGGAAUUCUUUAUUUGACUUGAAACAAAUGUGCCUGACAGACUGACUUUAAAACUGAUAGAUAAAUGCUUUAUUCCGGAAACAGAGAGAAAGCAAUCUGCAUGCUAUUUAACUCUGUGUUUAUACAGACACCAAGAUACUUAGGCUACCUGUUCUGUUAUGAAAAAAGACUUCAGUGUGGUUUUAUUGCAAUAGAGUCACUUUAUGUACAAAACUGCUAAUGAGUCAGAGGGCAAAACCACAAAAAAUAAUCAUGUGCAGUUACACAGUGAGUUUGAUUCCUUUAAAUACAGAACACCCAACAGCAUAAUUGUGCAAUGAAUGGGAAUAAACCAUGUGAGUCCUAUUACUGUUUGUAAAUGUUAAUCAGUAGACUGUGACACAUUCUGUCUUGUGUAGUUGCAUUAGAGGGCUUUGGCAGUGGGGAGGCAGUGGAAUGCUACACUGCUAAAAAUAGCAAUGUGGACAUGGGAGGCACUGUGUGAGUGUGUAGAGAGUUGUGUAGGGUACAUGGAGUUUAGAUGGGUAGGGCACUCUACUCAUCUAAAACAGUGCCUCAACAUCUAUUCUGCUAUUUAUACCUGUGCUUGCUGGACAUGCAGCGUCUGUACCCUACAUGCUGCCAUAAGUGUAUAUUUAUGUUUGGUGGUGGCAUGGUCACAAUGUGUGAGCAGGCUUGCAAUGUCUUUCUCCUUCUAGGUGCCCUCUCAUUUCUCCCUCUGCCAUCAUCCAGACUUGAAAAGUGUGAACGUGAUCAUUCAUAUGCAUUUAAAUGAGACCAAAUCGCACCCUGAUACACCCCCAUAAAGCUACUUAUCACAUUUUUGAAGAAAACUAUUUAAAAUCAAUCGUUUGAACUCUGUUUUCUCCCCACGAAGCACAUGCCCCCUGCCCUCUCAAUGCUCCAUGAAAUAAAGUUAGAAAAAAUAUGCAUGAUCUUUGUUAGAUCUCUGUGCAAUUAUCAACAUGGUGAAAAUCCCAAUUGAAUUUUAAAUGGCAGGAGACAAACAGGAACCAUUGGAGCUGAGAGAGCUACCAGAAUGGUAAAAGCUAAAAAUCCAGUAAAGGGUGCUCACCAAAGGACAAAUGAAACCAUUCAUUUAAAAAAAACAAAUGUUUAUCAAGAUUGGAUUUAUUUAAAGUUUUCCUAAUGGAGAACGAUCACCUAGGCCAGAAAGGAGAAGAGUUAGAGGGGGCUGGACUGAAAGGUCAACAAUUACGAAGAGCAUGGCAAAAAUCUGAUCAGCCCAUUUUACUCUUGUCCAGAAUAUGAGAACACAUGGACCCUCACUGCCAAAAGAGGGUAAAUUUGGAUUCAUGACAAGGAGAUGCUACUUUACACUGUGCCCUCGUGAAAAUGUCUGCUCUGUCCUGGCUGAUGGAAUGUUUCAUAACAGAGGAGUAGGGCUUGGCUAGGUUUACGUUUGUCAUAGACUUUAAGGUCAGAAGGGACCAUUAUGAUCAUCUAGUUUGACCUCCUGCACAAUG